ACGGAGCCAGGAAAGGACGCUUUAAAUUAGUAUGGGAACGCGGCCCUGGCUGUCAAACGCCCUUUGAACCCGCCCAUUCAAACCGAGCUCGCUGAUUGGUUCAACGCGCUGUCCGUCAGGGACCCCAGUCAUGUGACAGAUGUUUUUGUUGUUUCACUUCCGCCUUGUGGACGUCAGAGCCCCGGACUGACUCAAAGCUCGGCUUUUUGUGGCUUUUUGUGUCUUUGUAUGUGUGUUUUAGUGAACCGGGGGUGUCUGGAGCUCCCUCCGCCGCUGUGAAGCCUCAGCGCCGGUAACUCUCCCCCAGAAGGAGCCUGGUGCCGGGCCAUGGCGGACGGGGAGCGGUCUCCGCUGCUGUCCGAGCAGCACGACGGGACCAGCGGCUGGAGCCCCGGAGGGUCCCCGGCCAGACCUCACGGUUUGGCGCCGUUCCCCAGCUGGGUGGCGCCCGGCGAGGCUCCGCCCCCGUACUCGCCGCAGGGCAGCCCGGACAGCAGCAGCGCGCCGGUCAUCAGCUGCCGCGUCUGUCAGAGCGCCAUCUCUGUGGAGGGGAAGACGCACCAGCACGUGGUGAAGUGCAGCAUCUGUAACGAAGCUACGCCGAUAAAGAACGCUCCGGUGGGUAAGAAGUACGUCCGCUGUCCCUGUAACUGUCUCCUGAUCUGCAAAGUCACGUCUCAGAGGAUCGCCUGUCCCAGGCCGUACUGUAAACGCAUCAUCAACCUGGGACCAGUUCACAUCGGCAGAGAGAGUCCUGAACCUCAACACCAACCGGUCGGCAUCAGGAUCAUCUGUGGACACUGUUCCAACACAUUCCUGUGGACGGAGUUUUCAGACCGGACUCUGGCUCGAUGUCCUCACUGCAGAAAAGUCUCGUCUAUUGGCCGGCGCUACCCCAGGAGGAGGAGCCUCCUCUGCUUCCUGCUGUUCAUCGUCCUCGCCGCCUCCACCGCAGGACUCAUGGUGGGUACCUGGCAGUCCUCCCAGCACUCUAAAGGGAUCUACGUGUCCUGGGUUCUACUGGUCCUGCUGGUUCUGUUCACCAUGGCCCGGACCAUCUACUGGAGGUGUCUGAAGAUCAGCGAGCCCAUAUCCAACACCACCUAGAGACAGAGGAGAGAGGGAAGGGAAGGAAAGAGGAAAGGAAGGAAGGAAGGUGAGAGGGAGAGAGAAGAGAAAAAUCAAACUCUACAGUCAUUCCAGAUUGGAUUUAAAACAAAUAGGAGCCCCAGAUUGUCACAAAACCUCCAUAAAAAGUUCAUUACAAGGGAAGUUGGAGGUAAAGACGAAAGUGUUUAAAUGUUUCAGACCUGCUGGUUUUCUUCUUCUUCUGUUGUGCUCUUAGUUUCUCUUUGUUUCACUACAAAAUCAGUCAAACAGGUUGAAGUCUUUGUGCCCCGAUAGUCAUAAAACAAAUCUGUGGACUCUAGAAAAUAAAAUAAUCGUUAAAAAAACCAGUCCUGAGUGAGUUAAAGCUGGUUUGGAUGGACAGAUUGAGAGAGGAAGGCUGUAAAAUAGAAGUUAUAACAAAUAUAAUCAAACUAAAAAGGGAGAAGUUAAUAAUUCAGUCAAACUGAGAACAUCAGAGGGAAGAAACAAGAUUAUUUUUGCUUUUUAAAAAAAAACUUAAUUCUGUUUAUUUUGUUAUUGUCUCUGUAAAAUAAAUAAACGAUGCUCCUCCUUUUAUAGUGAAAUAUUUUGAUAUUUUGGGAAAUAUGCACAGCUGCUUUCUGACAAGAGUUUGAAAUAUUAAAACUUAUUAUUGAAAUUAAUAUUUUCUAGGUUUCCUACAGUCAUGGGAAACGGAGAAAAUCUCUUUUUUCAGGCCUGUAAAUACAAACCCUGAUUCCAAAAAAAGUUAUGCAGAACAUAAAUAAAAGAUAAUACAAACAUUUAAUUGUUUUUUUUUUAAUCCACACACUGUUUUAUGCAUUCUGGAUCUUCUUGGAAUCAGGGUUAAAAUCCUGGAAAGUUUUGGGAAAGUAAUGUAGUCUUGUUGCUUUUUAAAUGAAAUGAUUUGUUCCCGUUAUCUUCCAUUUAAUCAGAGAUUACCAUUAGUAAAACAUAAUUCAUGUUUCAGUCUGAGUUUAAAGGCCCACACACUUUCUUAUUCCCCAGCUUUGUUUUCCAGGUAGUGAAAAUGUUAUUAUGGGUCCUUGAAAAGUCAUGGGAAAGUUUAGGAGUUUUGUCCUUGAUAAUAAAUGGGAACUUGUGUUUUUU